UUCUUGGAUGAGAAGCGAAACGUCUUCAAAGACAAAACCAGAAAGUCCAGUUGUCUCUUGAAAAUGCACUUUUCGAAUUGCUGAGCUCCACAAGAGCUUUGAGGGAACGAUCGGAGCUCACCCCGACGCAAGGCAACACUCAGGCGCUUCCGAUCGCGGGCUUGCUGCUUGUCAACCCCGUCGUCCUAAGCACGUGAGCCACCGCGAUACAAAUUCUCUCCAAGUGAAAGAUUUAGGAUUGCAGCCCUGCCUAAAGAAUUUCUUUCCCUGGUUUAACUUAUCCGUGCUCUCUCUUGGGUCUCUGCCCCGCUUUCCCUUGGGAAACCCAGAAACGCAAACGGCUCCAACUCUACUCCAUUUCCUCCCCACCUACCUCCAACCCCCGCUUGGGCGUCCCCGACCAAUGGAAAGUUUUCUUAAGCGAUUCCCAGACUCCGCUGAGCCGGGCCACAACAUUUUUGUGCUGCUUUGGGGUUUUUUUUCCCCUCACGAGGCCUGAGUAAAGAGCGCCGUUCUUUCCCUUCCGACCGAGAGGAGGCCUCUUAGGCCAGAGCAAUCCAUCGUCGAUCUGACGAGACUCCUCCCACGUAACGCGGAGUCGGUCGGCGGGCUGUUCGAAAGAGUGGCCCGUCUGAAGCCGCGGCAGAGCGCACGGCUAAAUCGGUGAGAAAGAGAAAGUGGUUUGGGCGGCGUCGCCGGGAUGGAAUCGCGGGACGAGCCGGGCUGCCCGGAGAUAGGAGACAAGGCCGCGCCGGUGGCGGCUUUCGGUAAGCCCACGGAAGGAGUGACGGAGGAAGGAGCCCGUUUGCGCUUCAACGAAGACAGGAUGCCGGAUUUGCUCAAGCUCUAUCGAUUCAAGGAACAAAUAAGUCAGCAUCUUAUGGAAUAUAAAACAAUAAUCAAUUCAGCAGCUGCAGAAAAGAUUCCAGAUCAAGAUAGAAAUGAAAAAAUAUUAGAGGGUUCCAUAGAAGAAUUGGAAAGAGACUUGGAAGAGAUGAGGCUAUCGUAUCAAAACAAAGCUUUAGCAUUACAAAGGAUCCAAAUAACUGAUGCCCUUAGAACCAAACUGAAAAAUGAAGAUGAUGAUUCAAAGUUUAUCUGGGAUACUAUUAAACAUAUCAUGAUGCUUAGUACAGCAAUACUUAAAUCAAAGCAGCAAUCCCGUGAACUGGAAGAAAAACUGAAUGAGGUUAAGAAGAGCAGACUAGAAUUAAAGCGAGCUGGAGAAUGUAAACUGGCACAAAUACAUGAUAUGAAGAGAAAACAAAAAAAGGAUUUAGAAAAUAUGGAGGUUGGUGAAAUGUUGAAGAAAGUUCGUAAAAAUGUACAAAAGGAAAUUCAGAUGACUACAUUGAUUCAAAACAUUUUUCAGAACCUUAUUACUGGAAGUGGAGUCAAUUGGGCAAAGGAUCCAGCAUUGAAGAGAAUUGUUCUACAACUGGAGAAUAAUGUGACUGACAUCUGAAACAUUGUUAAUGACUAUUUUAUUUCUGUGGUUUCCAAAUUCAGAGAUAAAAGUGUAAUCUAUCAGGUUUUUGUAAUAUACUAGUCAUAUGCUAAGAGUAAUGUAUCUGUACAAGAAUAUAUUCCACUGAAGUAUGGUUGAUAUAGCAACAAAAAGGAAAUUCUGUUGUAGUCAUUGUAAAUGUAUCCAAGAAGCUAUUACAUUUAGCUGUAAAAUAAUUCACAUCUUCUCUUAAUUUUGCACAAGUUUCCAAUUGCUGAUUCCAGUAAUAACAGAGCAAUAGGCCUUGGGCAAAAGUAGAUAUUUACAAAGGUAGCCACUUUGUUCUCUCAAUUUAGCCUGUGCUUUGUCUUCUUGCUAUGAAUGAUACAACUUAAUUGUUGUUGUUUUUUUUGCUAAAUUCUUAUUACAAUUCUUUACAUCUAAUUUCAGUGGAUUUUUAAUAAAUCAUCAGUAGUUCAAAUAUUCAUAGUAGACAUUACCAAAUAUUAUUGAACAGUAUUUUCUCCCUAGGCCAUUCUUGUAAGAUAUUUGUAAUAUUCUAUUUCUUUAUAUCUGCUGUAGUUUUUCAUAGCUGAUGAAUGGAUAAUAUAGUAAAACCAUAUCUAAAUAGGAGGCCAUAUCCUAAAUGUUGAUAAAGAUUUUAUUUUUGCAGAAAUGUUACACUGUAAUUGUACCAUAUUAUUAGGUUGCCUCUUGUUAAUGUUCCCAGACAGAAAUAAAUAUUUUGAACCAAGACAUACAAGUAUCCAUAUAAAAUGGCAGUAGGAUCUUGCUCUUUUAACAUUAGAUAUGUAAAAUUCCCAUUGAUGCUAUUAUCUCAAUGCUGGUAUGUGCACUGUAGUUAGAUAAAAAUCUGAAGGAGCUUCCCUUUUAAAAUAACCUAUUAGCAAAAUAUCACAGGACAAAAA